AUGUCUACCCAGAUCGAGGCUAGGUCUCUGGCCUCGCUCAACUACCUCGCAGCCAACCCGCCGCAAUACCCUCACAAACCGGCCGAGCAGCGUCAAGACCCGCUGACGCUCUACAUCUCCCGCGUACCAGGCACACGAGACGUGAUCUUGACAACGUCAAAACCGCACUUGAAGAACGUCACCAGCGAGGACGUCGCAAACUCGUUUUACUACAUCCAUCUGGAACUCCCAAGCGAUGGCGGCCACCCGUACAACCCCAACGCAGCCCACGCCGCCGCCUCCCAAACCCAACACCUGCGCAACCCGGACACGCCCAGGUCGAGCCAGGACAGCGCCCGCAGCACGAACCAGAUCCGCCGGAAACCCUUGCCCACCGGCGCAAAAGUCCCCUCGCCGCCCGCCGACCCGGCGCGUUCUCACCCGCCGCCGGCCCCGGGCUCCUCGCACCCGGCCGCCGGAGGAAACGGCGGCUACGGCUACGGCUCCGGCUACGCACCCGGCACCGACCCGCGCCAACCCCGCUGGACCGAAGACCGCCCGGAGCUGCCCCCGCGACCAACCUCCAACUCGCCGCCGGCAGCACCGGUCCGCAAACCCGUGGGCCCGCGAGCCAUCACAACGCCUGCGCCGGACUACGACACGCCCUACACCCAGCCCCCGGGCCCCCACCGCGCCUCGCCCUCCCGCUCGCCCUCCCGCAUCCCCCAAGAGCCCACGUCCCCCGCGCGCUCGCGGCGCUGGUCCCGCCCCCCGGCCGGCACCUCCGUGUUCCGCCAGCAGUCCCGGUCCCCCUCGCCGAACCGCUUCCACAACACCGCGGCGGUGCCUUACACGCUCUCGCUGAUCCGCCGCGACCCGAGCUCGGGCAACCAGUGGAACGUCGGCCGCGUCUCGUCGCACCAGCUCGAGGACGCCGGCGACGACGGCUACGAGUACUUCUCCUUCGACUCGGCCGGCCUGUCCGCCCACGACCGCCGCCGCGCCAACGCGCCCCAGCCGCCCAUUAACAUCCGCCUCGAGUCCUCCGGCUACGCAAAGUUCCGCCACAUGCCGCUGCGCCAGAGCCUCGACAUGCCCCGGACCUCGACCUCCUCGGCCCCCUUUGCCAACUCGGAAGACGCCCUCCACCAGUUGCAGCAGCUGCAGCAGCAGCAGUCGCCCGAAGGAGGCUUCACGCGCCAGGUCGUCAUGGCCUACGCAAAGUCGUGGUCCUCCAACAUCCGCGAGAAGCUCAGCUCGCGGUCCCGCUCCGGCAGCCUCGCCGCCGCCGACGACGACGGCGGCCACGCAGCCCUUGACUCGUCCCCGGGGCGGCGCGGCCGCCACUCCCGCCAGCCGAGCGCGCAGUCGACGGGCUCCGUGUCGUCCAACGGCAGCGACUCGGGCCCCAUCAUCACGCAGCCGGGCCACGGCCUGCGGCCGCGGGGCUACGUCUUCAUCUCGCCGUGGGACGGCCGCUGCGAGUUCCGCACGGGCAACGCCGGGCGCAGCGUCAAGUGCCGGCACGUGCUGCCCACGGCCGGCGGGCUGAGCAACCCGCUCGCCCCGACGACCUCGUCGACCUACUCCGCCGCCGUGAGCGAGCUGCGCUUCAACCUGCCGAGCUCGGAGCUGUUCCGCCAGGAGGGCAAGCGCGAGCAGCUGAGCGGCCACUUUAGCAGGCUGCUCAAGGUCGGCAACAACCGCGACGGCGGCGAGUUCAGCGACGACGACGACCCGCCCAGCCCGUUCGAUCUGAAGCUCGGCAAGGAGAGGGCCGGCGGCGGGAACCGGGGGAAGCGCGCCAAGCUGGGCAAGCUCAUCAUCUACCCCGAGGGCCUCAAGAUGCUGGACCUGGUGGUGGCUGCCAACAUGGGCGUGUGGUGGGGAGCUUGGGAGAAGACGUUUUAG